AUGCGCCCCGCGGCCGUCGGGGAGAUUCUGCUUCAGAAGGCAAAGAGCCCGCUGGUGGAUGAGUCGGAGCUGCGGGCCGUCGUGGCAGCCGCCAAGGCGACGGCGGCGACGACGGUGACUCUCGCGGGUGAUGCGUGGCGCACGGUGCGCCUGUUGGCCUCCGCCGCUCGCUGCACGCUGCAAGCGGGGCGGGGGGAGUUGGCGCUGCCACUCAUCACGACGGCGUUCGAGCUCUGCCCCGAGCCCUUCAGGCGGCUGGCGUCGUUGCCGAACGAGCGGGAGGCGGUGGACGGCCCUGCGCUGGCGCACUCCAUGCUUGCCGUUGCCAACACGCAGGGCAGUGAAAGUGACUUGCCAGCUGUUGUUUGUACCGCGCUGAUGGUCUGGCACGGCGCGCUCGCGGCGACAGCAUCGAAAAGUAGCUGCCCGCGCGGGUUUUUGCGGUUUUCCCACGUUGCGGGCCAAAUUCUCACGGAGCUUACAAGCGACACCUCGACCCUUGAGAAGUUGGGUGCGUAUUGGCUGUACAACACACUUGUCUUUGCUGAUCGCGCCGCCAGCACAAAGGCAGUGGCGUUUUACCUGCUGCAUGAGAUUUGCGACGAGACGCAGCCCCCCGACCUACGGGCCGCCGCGGAGUGUGGGUUGCUGGGCGCUUCCGGCAGAAAUGCGUGCGUGCGCAUGGGUCUGCACGGGCCCGAAGUGAUUGCGAGGUGGGACCGCCUUUGUACGACGUUGUACGCGGAGGGCUGCGCCCUGCUGCAUGCAGCGCAGGAGGAGUUGCACCGUCGUGCCUCCGGGGCAACGACUAUUCUGCGGGAUGCCUUUGCCGCGGAGGCCACGUAUUAUGUAUCGGAUUUCCGACGGCCGCUGCACCUGCCCCCCGCGGAAGCCACCCUCCUUCGUGCAACGGCCCUCUGCGAGGACCUCUGUGUGCCGCGGGAAACCUUCACACUACCGCGUGUGGCGUGCAUCUUGCGGCGCUUCUCGGGGAGGGCAGCACGCGCGCCUUGCGGCGGCUUUCCGGUUGCCUCAGUCUCCAGCGUGGUGGCCAUCGCGCUACGGCAUCGGUAUGCCGACAUUGCGGUGGAGCUCCUCCGGGCAGGGCCGGCGCCAGGCUUGGGCGAUGGCUCCUUGCUGCUGUGGGGGAAGGAGCUCGAGGUCCUGCUCGACGGGGCGGCGGGGGACAACUCCGGAGAGCGCGUGAACUGCGCCCCGCGAGGGCGGACUGCCGCACACACACACGCCGGGGGGCCGAGUCCGCUGCUGCACGAGGUUUCGCAGGAGUGGUGCGCCACAGACGUGCUGCGGCUCCUCGCGACGGCGGAGACGAUGGAGGAUAUGCUGCCAGCGGGACUGACGCUCAUCCGCGGCGACAGGACGCUCGGGCGUCGUCUGCUGGGAGACAAACUCGCCCCGACUUUCGUCCUGGACGGAGUGUCGCGUCUCGUCACGCGUCUCGUGGACGAGGGGGACCUGCCGCUUGCGAGGUGUUUUCUCCCGCUUCUCGCAGGCAUCUGCGCGCGGGUGCCGUCGCAGGCGAAUCUGCUUGUAACGCUGCACGCGAUCGCCGCCUUUGCGCAGGGCUGCCCCAUUAACGAUGCCGAUGCGCGCUGGAUGGGCGUUGCCCGUGCGCUGCUCCCACUGCUCCCGCCCCGCCCCGCGGGGUUGGCGCCGCCGUAUCGGCAGACGAAGUCUGUCGUCGUCGGACGCACAUUUUCAUCGCGGCGUCGCGUCUUCGAUGCACUUCGCGGCACCCCGCCGCCGGGGACGACUGUGCAGGACCAUUGCCAGCUGCAGGUGCUGCUGACAAGUGAUUGUGCGAGCGUGCGCCUAAUCCGCAGCAGCAGUGCCGAGGGAGCGACGCCGUGGGAGAAGACUCUGCCGGUUGGAAGGGCGUUGCUGGACGUGGUGGCCAGGAUGCAUGAAAUAGAGGCGCAGAAUCGGCGGCACCUUGACGCCGCCCCCUGCAACGAAGUGCCUGCAGUGGAGAAGGCGGGGGAGGGGAGGCCUUCCCGCGCAGCAGAGGCGGUGGGUGACAGUGAAGUGGAGCGGCAAAGCCGGCAGGCAAGGGAGAAUUGGUGGGUGCAGCGAUACGCGUUCGACGGUGCACUGCAGAAGUUGAUCGAGGAGAUGCAGUCCGACGAGAUUUUUGGGUGCUGGCGGGUGGCGAUGUGCGGCGAUUUGCCCCUCGCCUGUCUCUUAGAGCUGAGGAAGGUGGCCGCCAAGUUGCUGCACGAUGUGGCGGCACCCGCGCAUCAUGUGUCGGACGUGACGUUGCUUUUGGCGGGCCUUCCCUUCCUGGCGGCGCACCGCGACGCCGGCGGCCAAGUGCUGUUCAGUCCGUCUCACGGGGCGGCGGAGGGCACGUGCGCCUCGUGUGACGCGGUGCUGCACCGCCUCUCCGCGGCGCUGGAGAUGGAGCUUCUUAAGCAUAGCAUCGCUGCAGCUUCACCGGGCGUCUUUGUCGCCGCGCGUGGCGCAUGCCUCUGCGCGCUCACAGAGCUCUGGAACGCGGUCUCCGCGGCGCGUUCGUCGAGCUCGCCGCACCGGGACGUGGGCGCCCUCGCACGUGCCUCGGUAUACCUCGUGCUGGACAAUGAGCUGCACUGCAUUCCGUUUGAGGGCAUGGACGUUCUUCGCGCGGGAAACGUGGCCCGCGUUCCCACGCCGACAUUUGUUUCCACGAGUGGCGCACGCUCGCUGCUUCUUGGCGACGGCGUGGUAUAUUGUGCCGUUGACCUCGCUGGCGUCAUGCCGAAGACCUCGAGGCGUCUGCUCCCCGUCUGCCAGCGAAGUGGAUGGAAGACAAACACACACGCCAUGCCCCCCGGCCAGCUCAUGCAGGAACUCUACUCAUCUCGGGCAGAACUUUACGUGUAUGUCGGGCACGGGAAGGGGGAACGCUUUCUGCACCGGGGAGAGCUGUAUGAAAGGUUUCCUGACCCGGACCAGUUCCCUGCAGUCUUCCUCAUGGGCUGCAGCAGUGCGUGCAUGGAGAGUGGCUACUCACAUGACUCUUACGGUAUGCCGUACGCUUUUCUGCAUGCCGGAUGCCCAUUGUUCCUUGGCUGUCUGUGGCACGUGACAGACGGUGAAAUAGACAGAUUGACCAAGCGACUCCUCUUGCUGCUCGCAGGAGCGGACGUCGAGGAUGGUCUUGGCUCUCUCCCCCCGCCGCGGACCGUUGGCGAGGCACUGGCGUUAGCACGGCGUGCCUGUAAGCUGCCGUUCCUCACGGGAUGCGCCGCGGUCCUGUACGGCGUAAACCUUCCCUUUCAGAGCGCUGCUGCGGAUGAUGGAUAA